CACGCCUGCGCAGCACUCCGGGCCGCAAAGGAGCCAUGGCGCUCCGGCGUCUGUUGCUGCCUGGUCGGGGAGGUUGCUGGCCCCGCGGACUCCCGGUGCUCUUGCUGCCUGGCGGCUGCGCGGGUCUACACGAGAGGCCCUGCCUCCGGUCGCUUUAUCGGUAUGCUAUAACUCAAGCAGCAACCAGCAGAAAUUCUCUUCUGAGAGAUGUCAUUGCAGCUUAUCAAAGAUUCUGCUCUCGACCUCCAAAAGGAUUUGAAAAAUACUUUCCUAAUGGAAAAAAUGGGAAAAAACCUAGUGAACCUAAAGAAUUUAUGGGAGAAAAAAAAGAAUCAAAGCCAACUAGUACACCAAAUUCUUCUGGCGGAGGAGUUGGUGGUGGAGGAAAGCGAGGUGGCAAGAAAGAUGAUUCUCACUGGUGGUCCAGGUUCCAGAAGGGCGAUUUUCCAUGGGAUGACAAAGAAUUCAGGAUGUAUUUUCUUUGGAGUGCUCUAUUUUGGGGUGGUGUCACGAUUUAUUUCCUGUUCAGGAGUUCUGGGAGAGAAAUCACUUGGAAGGACUUUGUCAAUAACUAUCUGUCCAAAGGAGUAGUGGACAGGCUGGAAGUCGUCAAUAAACGUUUUGUUCGAGUGACUUUUACACCAGGAAAAACUCCCGUUGAUGGGCAAUAUGUGUGGUUUAAUAUUGGUAGUGUGGAUACCUUUGAGCGGAAUCUGGAAACAUUACAGCAAGAACUGGGCAUCGAAGGGGAGAAUCGGGUCCCUGUUGUCUACAUUGCUGAAAGUGAUGGUUCAUUUCUGCUGAGCAUGUUACCUACAGUUCUCAUAAUUGCAUUUUUACUGUACACCAUAAGAAGAGGGCCUGCUGGCAUUGGACGAACAGGCCGAGGAAUGGGUGGGCUCUUCAGUGUUGGAGAAACCACUGCCAAAGUCUUGAAAGAUGAAAUAGAUGUGAAAUUUAAAGAUGUGGCUGGUUGUGAAGAGGCAAAGUUAGAGAUAAUGGAAUUUGUGAAUUUCUUGAAAAACCCAAAGCAGUAUCAAGACCUAGGAGCAAAAAUUCCAAAGGGUGCCAUUCUCACAGGUCCUCCAGGCACUGGGAAAACGCUUUUAGCUAAAGCAACAGCUGGAGAAGCCAAUGUCCCUUUCAUCACAGUUAGUGGAUCUGAGUUUUUGGAGAUGUUUGUUGGUGUGGGUCCAGCUAGAGUUCGAGACUUAUUUGCCCUUGCUCGGAAGAAUGCCCCCUGUAUUCUUUUCAUUGAUGAAAUAGAUGCUGUGGGAAGGAAGAGAGGAAGAGGCAAUUUUGGAGGGCAGAGUGAACAGGAAAAUACACUCAACCAACUGCUUGUGGAAAUGGAUGGAUUUAAUACGACGACAAAUGUAGUCAUUUUGGCUGGCACCAACAGGCCAGACAUUCUGGACCCUGCCCUGAUGAGGCCAGGGCGUUUUGAUAGACAGAUCUUCAUUGGACCACCAGACAUAAAAGGAAGAGCCUCUAUUUUCAAAGUUCACCUCAGACCACUAAAACUGGACAGUGCCCUGGAAAAGGAGAAACUGGCUAGAAAACUGGCAUCCUUAACUCCAGGAUUCUCCGGCGCUGAUGUUGCUAAUGUCUGUAAUGAGGCUGCUUUGAUUGCUGCGAGGCACCUUUCAGACUCCAUAAAUCAGAAACACUUUGAACAAGCUAUCGAACGAGUGAUUGGUGGUUUAGAGAAAAAAACCCAGGUUCUGCAGCCAGAGGAGAAAAAGACGGUGGCGUACCAUGAAGCAGGGCAUGCAGUUGCAGGCUGGUACCUGGAGCAUGCAGACCCACUUUUGAAGGUAUCUAUCAUCCCACGUGGCAAAGGAUUAGGCUAUGCUCAAUAUUUACCAAAAGAACAAUACCUAUAUACCAAAGAGCAGCUCUUAGAUAGGAUGUGUAUGACUUUAGGUGGUCGUGUGUCAGAAGAAAUCUUCUUUGGAAGAAUUACAACUGGUGCUCAAGAUGACUUGAGAAAAGUAACUCAGAGUGCAUAUGCCCAAAUUGUUCAAUUCGGCAUGAAUGAAAAAGUGGGACAAAUUUCCUUUGACCUUCCACGUCAAGGGGACAUGGUAUUGGAGAAACCUUACAGUGAAGCCACCGCACGACUAAUAGAUGAUGAAGUCCGAUUACUUAUUAAUGAUGCUUAUAAAAGGACAGUAGCUCUUCUCACAGAAAAGAAAGCCGAUGUGGAGAAGGUUGCUCUCCUAUUGUUAGAAAAAGAAGUAUUAGAUAAGAGUGAUAUGGUUGAACUUUUGGGCCCAAGACCGUUUGUGGAAAAAUCUACCUAUGAGGAAUUUGUGGAAGGGACUGGCAGCUUGGACGAGGACACAUCACUUCCAGAUGGCUUGAAGGAUUGGAACAAAGAGCGUGAGAAGAAGACAGAGGAGCCCACGGAUCAGAAAAUGGUGAACCAGAUCAAAGGACAGAUGCCAAUCUAAUUGUGUGUGGUUGCAAUUUACACAUUAUUUCAACUUGGCUUUCACAGGAGAAUGAGAACACUGCUAAGUUGAUUUUUAAAUCAACUUAAAAGUCAACUUACCCAGGUGAAAUGGUGAGAAGAGUAGUAUUUAGUCUUCUACCUCAGAGUUGUGGUGGGAAUGGCAGUGUGACUUUCUGAAUAUCUUAGAGCUUCGUUGGACAGUGCAAGGCCUGUGAGUGCCUUGGACUGCUGGUUUCUCCUGGACCCUCAGGAAAGUGGGCUGACCAUGUGCUAGGGUAAUGAAUAUGUGAAAUCUAGAUAGGAGUUGAGAGCUACUUUUUCUUUUGAUUGUCCACAUCCUAUUUCCAUUUAUUUUCCCACUAUAGAUGCAGGUUGCCAUGGACAGUGAAAUCAAAUUCAAAUUCAGAUAAGAAUAUUUUCAUUUGACCUAAUAUUUUAAUAAUCAAAUUCUGAUUACUUGUUGCUGUUUAAUGGAAUGGUUUUCUACAAAGAGCUGUAAUAUUUAAAAAUAGUAAUGUAUUAUGUAAUUAUGGCUUCUUUACAUCAAGAAAAAAAUAAACACUAUACUUUUUUUUUCUGAGUACAAAAAAGUCCAUAUUUUUAAAAGCAUAAUGGCUUAGGAAUUAAAUGUUCUUGCUUUUUCUCAUCAGCUAAUGUAUUUUUAUACAAAUGAUGCACACAUUAUGAAGGUUGGUUUUUUUUAAUUAAUUUAUUUUUUUUGCUAACCUUGACUUCCCUUCUCUCAGGACAUUUUUGUAAUCAUGCUCUUUUUUUUUAACAGCAACAUGUUUAACACAUUAAAAUUAGCAUGUUUACAAAACUACCUUGGUGAGGGAGUGUUUGGCAGAAACCAUAUAAUGCACAUAUUUUUAUGUUAAAAAAAAAUCUAGAUUUGUGUAUUCUGGGCUGACAUACUGGAUUUUGUAUGUAAUAUAGACAAAGUAUACUGUGAGGCAGUGGGUUUAAGGAGCUGGGUGAUGAUGUCAGCAUAAUAAUCUUCGCUAGCUAGACCUUCGAAGACUUUGACCACACUGUCUGGGUCUAGGGGUGGAUCAGGAUGGUGGGCUUUGACAGGUUGUUACAGAUCAUCCUCUCCAUGUUCAGGAAUAAUGACGCUAGUUGUCAAGGUCCUGUAACAGUUGUUUUCUGUGGUUUCUCAAUAAAGUGGUUCAACUCUUUA